AUGUCAGCUCAUCGACAAAAGCGCCAGCAUCGCAAGCAGGAAGGAGGUCCUAAAGCCCAAAUGGAGGCAGGGAGCCUUGUUGGUGUGCAGGUCCUCAGACCUGAGGAGGAGGGCAUCUCCUCUGCCUGCAUUUCCUCCAGUUCCCUUCCUCUGAUACCAGCUACCCAGAGGGAGGUGUCUGCUCCUGGGCCACUGGUUUUUCCACAGGUUCCUUGGAGAUCCUCCUCUCUGUCUGUCACCAUGGAUCCCACUUCAUUGAUCCAGUCCAAUGAAAUCUCUAGCAGCCAAAAAGGGGAGGAGGGUCCAUUUCUCUGUCAGGACCAGGAACACCAUGAGUCCUUCUUGGGAGACCCAUUGGAUGAGAAGAUGUCUGAUUUGGUGCAGUUCCUGCUUCUCAAGUAUCAAAUGAAGGAGCUGACCACCAAGGCAGAAAUGCUAAGGAGCAUCAUCAAAAAUUACCAGAGCCACUUCCCUGUGAUCUUCAGUGUAGCAUCUGAGUACAUGCAUCUGGUCUUUGGUAUUGAUGUAAAGGAAGUGGACCCCUCUGGCCACUCCUAUGCCAUUGUCAAUGCUUUGGGCCUCACCUAUGAGGGGGUGCUAGGUGAUGAUCAGAGCAUGCCCAAGACGGGCCUUCUGAUAAUGGUCUUGUGCAUCAUCUUCAUGGAAGGUGACCAUGCCACUGAGGAAGUUGUCUGGAAUGCUCUGAGUGUGAUGGGGGUGUAUGCUGGGAGGGAACACUUCAUCUAUGGGGAGCCUAGGAAAUUCAUCACUGAAGAUUUGGUGCAGGAACAGUACCUGGAGUAUCGCCAGGUGCCAGGCAGUGAUCCUGCUUGCUAUGAGUUCCUAUGGGGUCCAAGGGCCCAUGCUGAAACAAGCAAGAUGAAAGUCCUGCAGUACUGGGCCCGGGUCCAUGGGAGUGACCCUCGGUCCUACCCUUCCCUGUAUGAAAAGGCUAUGAGAGAAGAGGAAGAGGGGGCCCAAGUGCCAAAAGACCUGCAGAGAGAUGAGACCGAAUGUCCCAAGAAGUGCGGCCUCGAAGUCCCUGUUCUGCAACCUGGCCUGUUGCUCAGCUCCGUGCAGAAGUAUCCUGGCUUCCCCCAUAGCUCAUCCUGGAACCUUUCUGAUUGCAACAGCAACUUCAACUGA